AUGGAUUCAUCCCAAAGUGUAAAUGACAUCGCUCACGUAUUCAAAAUUAUAUUACUUGGAAGCACUGCUGUGGGAAAAUCGUAGAUUUUACUCAGAUUUACUAAAGACUAAUUUAAUCUAUCGUCUAACACCACAAUCGGUGUAGAAUUUAGUGCAAAAGUCUUAGAAAUUGAUAACAAAAAAAUUAGAGUCCAAGUUUGGGAUACAGCAGGACAAGAGAAAUAUAGGGCCAUUGCAAAAGCCUAUUACAAAGGAGCAGUUGGUGCUUUUCUAGUCUACGACAUCACUAAAAAAAAUUCAUUCUUGGAAGUGGACAGAUGGUUGCAAGAAAUCAGAGAUUAUUCUGAUUAAUAAAACCUAGUUCUGAUGCUGAUCGGAAACAAGAACGACUUAGAAGCCCAAAGAUAGGUGAGCAAAGAGGAAGCCAUCAAGUAUGCUUAAUCUAAAAAGAUGGGAUUCCUAGAAACUUCAGCCCAAACUGGACAUAAUAUAGAAUUCGCAUUUAAAUAAAUAGCUGAAGAAAUAUUGAGAGAUAUCAGUGAGACCCAAGAUGACGACGAAUUUGAACAAACAAAAGCCUAGUAUAGCAAGAAUAAAGGCCAAACUUCUAAUGCUUCGGUCUUGAAAGCAGCAGAUCACCAAGUGAAAAAAAAAAAUAAUAAUAAUUCUGGAACUUGUUGUUGAUUAAAAAUAUGGAAAUUUAUAUAAUAUAAACAUGAUCUAAAAUCAAGAUUUGUU